CCCAUUCCGUCAUCCAGUACCUGGAGGUAGUGAGAUUGUUGACAGUGCUGUAUAAGACGGUCAUACCUGUUCUGAGGCUGAUAGUGGCGAGAUGAUCACAAGUCACGCAAAGGGUUAGAUACGGACAGAUGAGACAUCUUGCUUUAAUUUUCCACAGAGAGUGAAAUCAACAUGCAGGAGGCGUCGCAAAGGAAAGUGUUUAUGUGGAUAGUAGUGGAAUUUACAUUCAUGUUCGGACCGGUUCUCUCCUUGUGUGACGUGGUGACUCAGGAGCUAUCCGCCGACUCCAGCUGGCGGUCAUUUACUUCAGUGGGGUACAACGAGGGGAGUGGAUCCUACAUUAGUGACAUGGAUUGUUGGUGGCGGAUUGAUUCGGGGGCGGAUGAUCUUCGUCUCUUAUUAUUCCUGACGUUUGACACGGCGUGUCCAGGAGAUCAGAUUGACAUCUACGACGGAAAUUCUGCGUCCGCUUCUGCCCUUGCGAACAACAAAUGCGGAACACCAGCCUCACCUUCACACUAUUCAACAACGCAGCGAUACACCUAUAUACGCAUGGUGACGGACGCCAGCGUGCAGAAAGCCGGAUUCAAAAUGGAGUUCCUUGCAGCCAAAGACUAUUCUGGGACCGGAUGUACCUCCACGCAGGCUUUACCCGCAACUGACGCCAUCCAGAUUCUCUCAAGUCCAAAUUUCCCAGGCUUAUACAACAAUGCUCAGAAUUGUCGAUGGGUGAUCACCAGCACCUCCGGAAGUGUGGACCUAAACGUAGUGUUUUCUGAUAUAGAGGACGACAUCCCAGGUCAAUGCAGCUACGACAAAUACGCCAUAAACGACGGAGACGACCGUUGUGACAAUAAUGUGAUCAGCACCGUGUGUUCUCAGUACCCAAAGGUGGCUCCCUUCACCUUCACGUCCUCGGGGUCAUCGGUCUUGAUUUCAUUUGUUAGUGACAGUAGUGUAGGACGUCAUGGUUUCCUUAUAAAAUACAAAUCGAAUGUGACUGAGACAACCACUACAGCACAGACGACAGAACCAACACAGACAACGUCCACCGUUCUGAAAACUAUAUCAAAAAAUUCGAGCACGUGCAUAGACAUGGAGGUGGUGAUCGGCAUUGUUUUUGGAUCUCUGGGUGUAGUAAUUUUUUCCUAUACAUUUAUUGUUCUGAUGAUUAUAAGAUCUUACAAUAUACAACUUAAAACUGUUAAGCCAAAAUUAUGAUGUACCACGGGAUGAUCUCGGUUUUCUAUUGUUGUUUUUGUUCUAAAUUAUGAAAGGUGCUUUACAUUUUCUCUACUAUGACUUUUGUGAGUAAUAUUUGAUUAUGAAUGUAUUAUGUUUUACAAGA